AUGAACAAUAAAGGCAUGUUUAAGCACAGGGACAUCAACACUUUUUUAACCAACCAUCCAGCUGCAGAAAAACAAAAGAAAAAACCAUUUGAAUAUUUGAAUCUGUCCUAUUCCAAGCAAUUUGAUGGUUCACCCAUGAAGAAGCAACCUUACACAUCGAAAGCCAACGAAAAUUAAUGUAAAAGUCAAUAAGAACCUUUGUUUCUAAGACAAAACACUCUUCCCAAUUAUGAACCAACAAGAUGUUCUAGCCUCAAAAAUGGAAUCAUCAAAGCUUAUGCCGCAAACACAAAUUAGGGAUUAGUGAGAGAUUACAAUGAAGAUAGAGUCUCAAUCAUACUAAACAUCAUUAAACCUUAGAGCAGAGAAAAUGAACCAUGGCCCAAAUGUUCCUACUUUGGAGUCUACGACGGACAUGGUGGUUCAGCAUGUGCAGACUUUUUGAGAGACAACUUGCAUUAAUUUGUAGUCAAGGAACCAGACUUCCCCUGGAAUCCGAUCAACGCUAUAACAAAAGGAUUCGAAGCAGCAGAAAAAUGCUUCUUACAAAUGGCCCAAGAUUCAUUUAAUUAAGGCAUCCCAGAGAGAAGUGGGUCAUGUGCAAUCGUCAUAUUGAUGAUUGGAGAUUCUUGUUAUGUAGCAAAUGUAGGAGAUAGCAGAGCAAUAUUGAGUGCAGAAAGUGGGAAAAAGGUAAUUGAUCUUUCAAAAGAUCAUAAGCCAGAAUUAGAGAGGGAUAGAAUUAUUAAAGGAGGAGGGCAGGUUUAUCAAACGCAUGGUGUUAAUGGAGAAGGUUAAACAAUCUUAGGACCAAUGAGAGUGAACCCUGGAAGAUUAUCUGUUUCAAGAACUUUUGGUGAUAUCGAAGCAAAAUUAGAGAAAUUUGGUGGGAAUCCAAAGAUUGUCAUAGCUGAACCAGAAAUCAAACAUAUUAAGAUAGUUAAUGAUCACGAUUUUAUUGUUCUCGGAAGUGAUGGGAUAUUUGAUACAAUGAGUUCAAAGGAUGUGAUUACUUAGAUUUGGAAGGAUGUUUAACAGAGUCAAAAUACAAAUGAUCUACAUGAUAUGAUGUCAAAUGCAGUUGAGUCAGUAAUAAAGGAAAGUCUAUUGCGUAAGACUACUGACAAUGUGACUUUAUUAAUUAUAGCCUUUUCAGUGACUCCUUUGAGAGAGUAGGAAGUAAGGGUUAAGACAACGUCAUAUAUUGAUAAACUAGUUAAUUUUCCAUAAAGCAGCAACUCGACUAAUUUAAGAACUAAAAAGUACAAUGAUGAAAAUAAUCCAUUUUUCAUGAAUGCUCAAAAAUUGAAAUAAAAUCCCAAGUUAAUGAAAAGCAAUUUUGAAGAUAAUUUUCAGUAUCGCUUAAUCGGUUGA